GUCAGAGCAGGUUUCUUUCCAGAGGAAGCAAAUAUUUUUGCUCCCGCCGCCGUCGAAUGCCCGCUCGUUGGCCGGAGCGCGUGGAUCCGUCGGGUGAUGCAGUGCCGUCCCUAAAGGGGACCUGUCAUUACGCAUCAGGUCACAUCUCGUUAUGAUCCGUUACGAGAUGUGACCCGCAUGGUCUUUCCUGUUGGUCUCAAUUGCACUUCUUGCUUUAAGCCUAAUUUCAUUCCCAAGAACGCCAUGUCGUCGUCUCUUCCGUCUCAAAGGCCAUCUCCUGGCUCUGGAACGGCUACACCAGCCUUUGAAUUUACUAAGAGAAAAAGAUGGGCAGAUUUGCUGAUCUCGGAACUCGCCGACACAUGUAUCUUUGUAUUGUCCUCUACGCUCAAAAUUCUCUAUUGCAAUCCCGCUGUUUACGAUCUUUUGGGAUGGAAGGAAGGAGAUAUAAUUGAUCAUGAGUUCACUGAUCUUGUUCAUGCCGACGACCACCCAAUCUUUCGAGCUUCUUUCGAUGAAAGUCUAGGGGGAAGGAAAGAACUCCUGGCUUAUGUUCGUCUCAAAUGCGGUACACCCGCAACAUCCUAUCCGUUCAUGCCAAUGAAGGAAGUCCUCUACGAAAUAAAAGGUUAUCCACGAUUUGUUCUGGAGAAUAAUCCUUCGUCUGGGUGUCAGUGUUUCUUCGCUAUGGCCAAACCAUACAUUAGUCGGAAUAUCACCAUGCUGAACACGCUUAUGGAAGUGCAGCUCGAGAACGAGCAUCUGCAGACCAGACUCAAGGCAUUGAGGGCGAAACAGCACUCUGCUCCGUCUUCCUUAUACUCCACUUCUUCGGCUUUGUUCACUCAACCACAACGCCAGCAAGCGGAUAGCAAGAGUCCGUUCUAUCUAGGCCCAGAUACAGUCAAAUCCCCACUCAAGUCGUCGUUCGAUAUUUCAACGAUACCGAGCAAUUCAGGACCCGGAGACGAGGAAUCUGAAGACGGGCAUAAGAAGAAGAAGCUCAAGAAGAUGCAUCAUACCGAGCAAUAUGUUUGUGUUACCUGUGGGCGUACCGAUUCCCCAGAAUGGCGCAAAGUGAGAUUUCAUUCGCGAACUAUAAACUUUCUUAAUAAGGUACAUCGACAGGGACCGAUGGGGCCAAAGACUCUCUGUAACGCUUGUGGACUACGAUGGGCAAAACAGAUGCGCAGAACAGAUGAUCCCACUGAAGCUGGCGGUUUGGUUGAAGCAAACUGAUGGCUCGAAAAUAUUUCUUUUGGUUGAACUCGGGGGAACAUUGAAUAGCAAUAUCACAAGAACUGUCUCGCAAAUACAAGGACUUCAUCCGCACUUGCAUUCGCAUACAUAUACAUAUAUUAUUAAACACU